GCAUUUCUGGGAAGAAAAAAACCCCACCAGCAGUCAUGCAUGGUGGCGGUCGUGUGAACUGCUUGCUACUUAAGGACCCGGAUAAUUUGUGAGUCACAGACCGCCCAUAAAAUAAAGUAACUUUAUCCAGUCUUUAGAGCUGACACUUACUCUAUGUACGAUCGUCAGCAUUCCUACUUUUCUCUAAAUGUGAACGCAUCAUGCGCUGCGUACUUCCGGCUUUUCCGGAAUGUUGACCGUUUCUAACGUCGCUGUUCGUCCAUUGUGUGUCUCGAGCUCUGCUUGACCCUCGUGCAAUGCAUUCAUUGUCCGGGGAGAUCCAGGGCUUCUCCAAAAGCCGCCUGAGGAAACAGUGCACCCGCGUUACCACGGUGACGGGGAGGAAGCUGUUGGAAAGAAGCACCGAUGGCAGCACACAAGUAGAGGAGCUUGAGGACGCCAACGGAUGCGGAUUUGUGGAGGAUAAAAGUCUGGACCUUCAAGUUGGAGUGGUCCGACCCUUCUUGCUGCUGGCCUCUCAGGAUGUGGCCCAUGACAUGGACAUUUUGCAACGAUACCAGGUGUCACACGUGCUAAACGUGGCCUAUGGCGUGGCCAACCUUUUCCCGCAUCAGCUGCUCUACAAGACCGUCCAGAUCCUGGACCUCCCCGACACGGAGAUCACUUCAUACCUGAAGGAGUGCGGCUCGUUUAUAGAUCAAGCCCGGGAACAGGAUGGUGUGGUUCUUGUCCACUGCAACGCCGGCGUGUCACGCUCCGCCGCAAUCGUCACGGCCUAUUUGAUGCAGAGUGAAGGGCUUGCGUUUGACGAGGCCUACCGCCAGGUGAAGCUGGCGAGGCCUUCUAGUCGGCCCAACCCGGGGUUCCAGCACCAGCUGCAGAACUUCAAACCAUAAGCGAUUUUGAUUCUACGACAGCAACGAUUCACAGCAGACUUUAUCUGAAGAUUCCUUCCAUAUAGAGCGCGACAAGAAGCGCGCUCCUAUGUGAGCAAGCACUGCGCCGUUGAGGCAAGAAAUGUCCGUCUGCCGAAGGAACACACCUCCAAGUCCAGUCAAAGGUGAGACAGGGGCUGCUCUAACUUCUUGGGUCCAUUAGGUGAGAUGUUUCCGAGGAUCACUCGAGAAUCACCCGAGAUUCCGAAUGCCCAUCAAAUGUAAGCGCGUGCACGGGCCAGAAAAACAUUGCAAAACUGUG